AAAAAUUGCUUCCACUACUUAAGAAUCCUCAUAUUACUCGGCGAGUCAUUAAGGAAGCGUGGAUUUCCCUGUUACAGCAUAGGGAAGAAGAGAGGAGGUCCUCUCAGAGCAAUCUGCGUCCAGUUGCAACAAGAAUUUUACACGCAACUUGUUUCCCUCAUGGCUUUCCCCUUCUCCUUCUCCUUCACUGUCAUCUUCAAUGGCCUCAACUUUAUAAUGAUAUUGCUGUUAUGCAGUGCUGCGCAAACUAAGGGAUCGGGAUCGGGAGCAGGAGCAGGAGCAGGUUCAGGUUCAGGUUCAGGCUUGGUGCUGUUGCUUGACAACCCCGAUCAUUCCUACUUCCGAACUCAAUCUCUUUCUCAGGAAGCUUAUAUGACUCAAUCAGAUAUUGCUGCCACUAUGUCAGUGCUGCUUGGUUUUGCACCUUCUGCUUCACUCUCCGUGUCUUCUUCUAAGCUAGAUGCACUUCUUACACCUAAUCCAUUCAAACGCCCACAUGCUGUUCUUGUGUUGGAAGCUAGAGGAAUCAAUCAAGAAACAUUGAGCGGAUUAGACUUCUCAAAUUUUGGAUUAGAAUCAUACAGCUACAGACACCUAGUUGCUGAAUCUAGUGACACUGCUUUUGACUUUCCGGAGGAUGAGGUUAUGCUUGUCUCUUUGAAGGGAGCUUCAGAUGAUGAAAAUGAUCUGCAUUCUAUUGAAAAAGAACUUUCGGAUCUUGCGCUUUGGCUUGGAGGAUUCUACACAGGAGGGCAGCAACCAAUGCAAGGAAAUCUGAGUAUUCCUUUAUCUAAGGAGUCUAGUCUGACUCUCAACCUUUUAAAGGGAGCAGAUCAAAUAUUUGCAAAAGAACUUGUUUCUCUUUACCAGAACAUUAGAAGGGUAGCUGUGAUGCAUGAAAAUCUUGCGGAGAGCUCACUAGAUACAGCAGAACUCUUACUGGGCUCUUUUGCAGGUGUUGAGGCGUUGCAAGAACAUUAUGGUCACAAUAACAUCCCUUGUAAAGGACUAGAACUCUUCCUAAAUGUGGCAGUGAAACUUUUCAAUUCGUUGCAAUUAUCAUAUGGUGGCCAAAUUGUUGGGAUUGUUGCAAUGAACAGUAAUGUGGUUCCUUCUUCUGAAGAGAUGUUUGAUAUCAAGUUGACUUCAAGGAAUUCCCACUUGUUGAGUGAAUUGGAUUCUUCCAAACGUUUGCCACCAAAUUUUGCAGAAGUUCAAGCAAAACUUAUAAGAAAAGCUGUUGCUUGGUCCAUGGCGUUUAUUCUACUUGUAACAACACUUGUUGGGGUUUACUAUCUUUUUAAUAUGCCUAUUACGCGUGAUACUCUUCUCUAUUCCAACGUCAAACUGGAUUAAGUUUUGAAAAAUUGGUUAAUCAACAGCAGACUAUAGUGACUUGGAUUAUUACUCUGAGUAAUUUGCUGCUUAAUGGUGCCAUUUUGAUAUAUUCUAGAUUCAUUUUCUUUGGAUCUAGUCUUCAGUCUCUUUCAAUAUCCAUAUUCUUGUGUAAAAUGGUAAAUUUUUUUAGAAAGAAUAAGUGGAAGGAUGUUUCUGAAUUGGACGAUAUCCAAUCUUCAAUUGUCAUGAAGUAAUUUCUUACAAGGACAUGAAAAAUGAUAUUUAUCAUCUAUUUGCUUAUAUUAGUUUUUCUUUCGAAGGCAAUUGUCAGCUAUUCUCUAAGAAAAUCCUCAAUACCAAAUUCUUGUUGGUCAUGAUACCAUCAGUUCCCA